AUGCAAGUAAUAGCCUUAAUAUCUGGUGGAAAAGACUCCUUCUUCUCCCUCCUCCACACAGUCGCAAAUGGACACGAAAUAGUUGCCCUCGCAAACCUUCACCCCCCCACCACCACCGCCUCGGACCCCAUCACUACUCACCUCCCCAGCACCGCCCCCUCAACUCUGCUUCCUAGCGCCCCAGGAACGGAAGAUGAACUCGAUAGCUUUAUGUACCAAACCGUUGGCCAUACCGUACUCCCACUAUACCCGCACGCCCUCAAAAUUCCUCUAUACAGGGGGACAAUAACCGGUACAUCCAUUAACCAAAACCUCUCAUACGCACACUCCGGCAAACAUGGAGACGAAACAGAGGAUUUAGUGCCCUUGCUGGAGCAUAUCAUUGCUCAGCACCCGGGUGUGAAAGGGGUUUGCACAGGGGCAAUAUUAUCCACGUACCAAAGGACUCGGGUAGAAAGUGUCUGCGAGCGCCUGGGCCUAAUCUCGUUGGCUUACUUAUGGCAGCGGGAGCAGGCGGAGAUUCUAGCAGAUAUGGAAGCCGUGGGGCUCGAUGCUAGGAUUGUCAAGGUUGCAGCGGUGGGACUCAAUCCCGAAGAGUGGCUGUGGGAGAACGUGGUUGAGGAGCGGAGGAGGAGGAUGUUAGGUAGGUUGGAGAGGAAAUGGGGGGUUCAUGUUGCGGGGGAAGGGGGGAAUAUGAGACUGUUGUUGUCCAAGGGCCCGGAUGGAGGGGGAGAAUUGAAGUUCCAGAGGAGGGGAGGGAGGUUGUUAGGAGCGGAGGCGGGGUUGGGCAUUUGAAAAUUACGAAGGCCAACUUUGCACCGGGGAAGGGGGUGGUGGUGGAAGCAGAAAAGGGGGACUGGGUAAAAGGUCUACGGAUACCAAGUAUCUGGGACACGGAUUUCGAACGGAUUCUCAAGAAUAUCAUUUCUAAACUCCCAAAAACACCCCUCUCUGCCCACCCUCCACCCUCCCCGCACCCUCCCUCCCGUCUCAACCCGCCCCCAAAACCUUCAGUGUCAACCUUCUCUCAAAUCCUCUUUAUAAACAACCUUACCUCCCCACCUCCUUCCCCCACCUCUCCCCACCAAAGCAUAACAACCGAAACAUCCUCCCUUCUCCAAACCCUUUCUUCCCUCCUCGCCGCGCAUGGCGCCUCGUUCAAACACAUAACAUCCUGCACCCUCCUCCUCCGGCAAAUGUCCCACUUCCCCUUAAUCAACUCCACCUACCUCACCUACUUCACCUCACCUCUUCCCCCCUCUCGAAUAUGCAUCUCCGUCGGCGACCUCCUCCCACAAGGGAUGAACAUGAUGCUGAGCGCAACAGCUGAUAUCCUCCCCCCUUUGUCCCAGCUACGUCGGGGACUACACGUUCAGAGUAGGUCAUACUGGGCACCAGCGAACAUAGGUCCAUAUUCGCAGUCCAUUACUUCUUCCGGGGGGUGGACAUCGCUGGCGGGAAUGAUCCCGCUGGUGCCGGCUAGUAUGGAGCUGCUUAAUAAUGCAGAGACGAGAGAGGAGGUAGUGGGUCAAGCGGUACUAGGAUUGCAGCAUAUGUGGAGAGUAGCGAGAGCGGCGGAGGUAGCGGGGUUUUUAGGCUGUGUCGUGUUUGCCACUAGGUGUGAGGUGGUAGGUCCUGCGGUUGAGGCCUGGAAAGAGGUUUGGAAAGGGUGGAGGGGAGAGGUUGGAUGGAAGAGGCUUUGGUCGCCUUCCACUCAACCAUCUCCUAGGAUGGAGCAGGAUGACGAGGCAGAAGAAGAGGAGGAAGAGGCAGGCUUCGCACCCCCCCUAAUAAUAAUCCAAGCCUCCUCCCUGCCCCGCUCUUCAACUUCCGAAUGGGCGGGCACAGCAAUCGACGGGCCCUGGCUACACAAGUUACAAACCGCUUACAAUUCCACCCUCUCCCCACCCUCAUCCUCCCUUCCACGUCUACAUGUAACCCCCCAAAGCACAACAUACGGCCCCAACGCCCCGCACUCCCCCACCGGCGGAUUACAGAUGUUCUGUCUACCCCCCUCACCACCCGGCGCUCUGGCUCUCGAAAUCAAAAGAGGGAUUAGCGUAGAGCAGGUGGAAGUGGGAAGUGUUACCGUGUAUGUGUCAACUGGGGUAGCGUCUGUGGGAGAAUUUUAUGCGGCGUGGGUGGGGUGCGUGGGAGAUACGGUUGGCAUGCAGGUUGUUCCUGUAGAGCGGGUGUGGGAUGGGGAAGGGAGAGAGAUGGGGGUUGGGGUUGCGGUGAGGUUGGGGGGGAAGGAAGGUUUUUGA